GCAUCAUAAAUUCAAGUCGCACUCCUUAUCGCCACACAAUGGCCAUCGCAUCAGAUUAGAUCGCCGAGUGGCGGUGACCAUCGAUCGCUGGGUUCUAUGCCCGUUCAGUUGCCAAUCCAACGCCAUGGCUGAUCCACGCAUCACUCUGGGCCUCGGCCUGCUAAUCUUUGGUCUGCUGAUCCUCCACUCCACGGAGGCAACGCCACAAGGUCGCAUUCUUGGCGGCGAGGACGUCGCCCAGGGCGAGUAUCCAUGGUCCGCAUCCGUGCGUUACAACAAGGCGCACGUCUGCUCCGGCGCCAUCAUCUCCAAUAGCCACAUCCUGACCGCCGCCCACUGUGUGUCCAGCGUGGGCAUCACUCCUGUGGAUGCCAGCACCUUGGCCGUCCGCGUCGGCACCAUCAAUCAAUAUGCCGGCGGCAGCAUUGUGAAUGUGAAGAGCGUGCUCAUCCAGCCAUCGUAUGGCAACUUCCUGCACGACAUCGCCAUUCUGGAGCUGUCCAAGUCCUUGGUCUUUGACACACGCAUCGCUGCCAUCGCACUGCCGCCCGCCAAAGAGGGGGAGGAGGAGGCGACGGAGGAUGUGGACGCCGAGCUGCCCAACGGCACACCCGUCUAUGUGGCCGGUUGGGGUGAACUUGCCGAUGGCACCGCCUCCUACAAACAGCAGAAGGCCAACUACAAUACGCUGAGCCGUUCGCUGUGCGAAUAUGAAGCCGGCUAUGGCUACGAGUCCGUGGUGUGCCUCUCCAGAGCCGAGGGCGAGGGCAUCUGUCGCGGUGAUGCCGGCGCGGCCGUCAUCGAUGACGAGCAGGUGCUACGCGGCCUGACCAGCUUCAACUUCGGACCCUGCGGCAGCAAGUAUCCGGAUGUGGCCACCCGCGUCUCCUACUACGUCAACUGGAUCGAGGCCAAUACCCAGUAAACCGCCAAGGUUCACCAAGGAUUACCCUCUAUUUUUUAUACAUUUUUUUCACGUGCAUAAAGUGUGUUUACCCCCUCUAAAAAAAACAAAAAAAAAACCUGAAA